AUGGUACGAGUGGCGUUAGUUAUAUUGUUAUUAAGUUCGAUAAAUCCCGUUUUUGGAAGUAUACUGAAUAAUUCUAAAAGCACAGUUAUAGAACAUACAGAAUCCUCUGAUUCGCACAAAGAUGGUUUCUGGUCACAAAAUGUUACAUGGAAAUCGCGUUGGGUGAAAUACUGGCGUACAAAAGCAAUAUAUGUUCCAGUUUGGAAAAAAGUUUGGGGACCAAUAGUACAAAAUGAAUGGGUUCCACUACCUAAUGCUCCACCAGGCUGGCAAAACAGAGGGUUAGAAAAACAUAUUAAAAGCGUUGAUUCAUAAAAAAAACCAAAUUUAUUUAUA